CAUUCACAUACACCAGAAGUUCAACUAGUAGUAGGUGUUGAGACAAUGCAAUUUGUGCGCUAGUAAUAUCAUUUGACUUAAUUUGCGAACAUGCGCACAUUAAUUAAUUAAUUACAAGUUUUGUGUGGCUAAAAUCGUUUGAAAUUUUGUGCGACUAUGAUCAUCACACUACAGUUGAAGUGAAACGGUUAACAAUUUCGGUGGAAUUGGUGCUAUUUUAUUCUCAUGAUUUUUUCGUGUGUUUGCUUCCGUGGCCUAAUGUUUGUAACACUUUACUAAAUGUUUCGAAUUUGUGUGUCUCUGCGUGAGAGUAUAGUUUCAAAUCAACAACCUCAUUAGAACCAUUAGAGCACCGAUGUGGAUACGAAUUUUGAUGGUCGGAAAUUAGUAAAAAUCAACAACAGUCGCAAUGUCGAUCUUCGAUGUGAUAGUAUUUGUGACAGCCUUCGGUUUACAAUGGAACCUAGGUGCAUGCAAUUUACCACCAGUGUUUACACAGGACAUGAACAAUUUAGCUUUAUCCGAAGCUACGCCCGUUGGUAGUAUAGUUUAUAAGUUGGAAGGCUUCGAUCCCGAAGGGAGUGAAGUGAUGUACGGUCUGAUUGGAACCAGUAAUUUUAUGGUCGAUCCGAAAACCGGUGACGUUGAGGUGGUUAAAGCGCUGGAUAGAGAAUUACACGACACGCUGUCAUUUCUGGUCACCAUAAAGGAUCGUCUCGAUCCGGAUCACGAUUCGGAAAAUGAUAAUCUCGUCAAAGUGCCAAUAAAUGUUAUAAUUUUGGACGAAAACGACAAUGCGCCGUCGUUUCAAAAUGUGCCAUACGAAUGCGAAAUAAGCGAGGAUGCGCUACCGGGGACGACUGUGUUCGAUUCGAUAUGGGUGACGGAUAAGGACAAAGUCGGUGAAAAUUUGAAUGUAACUUGUCUGGCACAGAGUCAGAAUCUGAACGCUUGCCAAAUAUUUUCCGUUGAGUCACUGAAAAGCGAACAAGAUUUUCUGAAAGCGGUGGUUGUGCUGAAGGAGCCGCUCGACUACAACGAACAAAUGAUUUAUCACAUCAAUUUGUUGGCAUCGGACGGCACGCAUACAUCCAGCACCGGUUUGGAAAUUCGUGUCAACGAUGUGCAGAAUACUCCGCCGAUAUUUCAAGGAUCGCUUGCAGCCGUUAUCGACGAAGACAGUCCGAUCGGUACGCUGGUAAUGACAAUACAAGCUCGCGAUGGCGAUCGUGGCCAGCCGAGAAAAAUUGCCUACGAUCUGAUCACAAAUCCAAUGGACUAUUUUCUGUUGAAUGACAAAACCGGUGAAUUGAGAACAGCUAAACCGCUGGAUAAGGAAGCACUGGAAGAUGCAACUGGUCUAAUUGUGGUGAUAGUGAGAGCACGAGAACUGGUCAAUGGAAUACCCGUGAAUGAUGACUCAACCGUUUCCACCACACAAGCCUCCAUUACCAUUCGGGAUGUAAACGACUCGCCGCCAACAUUCAACCAAAACAACUAUUUCGUGUCGUUGUCCGAAAAUACGGCCGUUGGUACUCCUCUUCCACUGGAAAUAACCGUCACCGAUCCGGAUGUGGGACAAAAUGCCGCGUUCAGUCUGCGUUUGGAAGACGUUUCCGGCGUGUUCGAUGUAGAGCCGAAGCAAGUGAUCGGAUCGUCACAAGUCAGUAUUCGCGUGGCAAAUGGAUCGUUGGAUUACGAGAAUCCGAAUCAGAGGAAAUUUAUUGUUUUGGUCAUCGCUCAGGAGACUGGCACAGGAAAUAAAUCAUCGACGGCAACAAUUACAGUUUCCAUCCAAGAUACGAACGACAAUCGGCCCGUGUUCGACGAGGAAUCAUAUUCGAUUAGUGUCUUAGAAACGGCACAUCCCGGCCAACUGAUAACGACAAUUUCGGCCAAAGAUUUGGAUUCGGGCGAGUUCGGCGAGCAAGGAAUUCGCUAUUCACUAUCCGGCACCGGCGCCGAAUUAUUCCACGUUGAUUCAAUGACUGGUGCAAUUACUGUGGCCAAAUGUCCACAAAAUGCUACGAGACACCGGCGUGACACGUACUCGGAAGAGAACGUCUUCGAUGCACAGAAUUCCAAGAACGUCAAUCUAACGCUCGUGGCAAAAACCGGCGUCAUCGAAAUCGAUUCGAAUACCGAAAUGACCGGCAAUGAACUGUCCUACCGAACGAUGAUGGACGUGAACGAUGAGUAUGACAUCGACAGAAAUACGUACGUCGUGGACGACUACAACGAUCAAAUGAUCCGGACGGAAAGUGUGCCGGGUGUGGCGCCGUGUUUGGAUUACGAGACGCAACCCGUUUACUUUCUGUCGUACAAAGCAACCGAUGACGAGGGAAAGGGUCAGGCUACGGUGGUCUCGCUUCGAAUAACUGUUAUCGAUGCAAACGAUUCGCCGCCAGUUUGUGAAAGUCCUCUGUAUCGGGCGUCACUGGACGAGGGAGCUACGGCAUUCGAUCCGCCGAUGUUUAUUAAGGCCAGAGAUCCGGAUACCAUUUCGGACAUCAAUUACAGAUUGAUUGGCGACGAUCUCGUUUCAAAACUAUUUACGAUCGACAAACGAUCCGGACAGUUGUUCAUCAACGACACAAAUUCGCUGGAUGUGAACCGUUUGCAUUCGGACAAGGUGUUCUUCAGUGUUGAGGCAACUGAUGGUCUGCACACCACGUUGUGUGACGUGAAUAUAACCAUACGGGAUGUGAACAAUCAUGCGCCGCAAUUUCUACAAAACAGCUACAUGGCAUCGAUAGCAGAAAACACGGAUGUUGGCGUUGACAUUCUGCAAGUGAAUGCAACCGAUCUCGAUACCGGAGUGAAUGCCGAAAUUCGAUACCGGAUACAGCAAGGAAGUUUCGACGACUUUGCGAUAGAUAAUCGAACCGGAGUGGUGACGAUAACUCGGAAAUUGGACUACGACAAGCGGAACACAUACCAAAUGGAAAUUGUGGCUGCCGAUCAGGGUAUUCCGAGUCUGUCAGGCACAGCUUCGAUUACCGUCACCAUUGUGAACAGUAACGACAAGGAUCCGUACUUUACACCAGCUACUCAACGGGCAGAGGUGCGAGAGGAUACCGAAGUGGGAACAUCAUUCUAUACACUGGUCGCAUUGGAUCCGGAUAUUGCAACAAGUGAAGCUCUGAACUAUGCUGCAACGGAACCGAUCACUGCCGUCGAUAAAGACGGCAAUGAAGUGACCAGCGACGAUGAGUUCAAAGAAUUGUUUUCCAUUGAUCGGACGGGAAGAGUUUCGGUUACGAAGAAGUUGGAUCGGGACAAAUUCGCGGUGAUCCGAAUUACGACUCUGGUCACGGACACAACGGCAUCGACAAUACAACAAGGAAAGGGCAUGCUUGUUAUCACAAUCAUUGAUGUGAAUGAACUGCCGCCGGAGUUCACACCACCCUGGACACCCUCAUCACCGAAACUAAACUUUCAAGUCCUUGAAGAACAACAAAUCGGAACCGUUCUGACCAAAUUGCAGGCCACCGAUGCAGACUCAAAUAUUGAUGAGUACAAAUUGGAACCGAACGACUACUUUGAAGUCAAUCCAAGCACAGGACUCAUUCAGUCCGUAAAACGAAUUGAUUUCGAAAAAAUCAAACAAAUCAAUUUGAUUGCUACCGUCACGGACACUGGCAUUCCACAACUGACAUCAACGGCUACCAUUUCGGUCGAUGUAAUAAAUACGAACGACAAUGAUCCCGUAUUUUACAUGGCCGAGUAUGUGUUCAAAGUGCUGGAAAAUUCGCCCAAAGGAACGGUCAUCGGGAAGAUUGAUGCCAAAGACGACGAUGAUGGUGCUUUCGGUGAAAUAGCAUACGCUCUGGUCGGUGAACAGAGUAAAAACUUCCAAAUCGAACAGGACAGCGGAAUUAUCAUUGUUCUGAACAGCACGGUGUUGGAUAGGGAAACGUACAGUGAAAUCAGUUUGACUGGAAUUGCAUCAGAUAAGGGUGCAGUAACUACAAGGAAAUCGAGUGCCGUACCGAUAUCCAUAAUUGUCUUGGAUGUGAACGACAAUUCGCCCAUUUUUUCGCAAAGCAUGUACUACGCUUCGGUCGCAUCCAACGCCGCUCUGUAUCCUCCAGCUGCGAUACUACAGUUACACGCUACAGAUAAGGACGACGGAACGUUCGGUGAAAUAAAGUACUUCAUCAAAUCGGACAAGGACGAUUUGUUCACACUAGAUGCUAACUCGGGAAUUUUGUAUCCGAAGAGAAGUUUGAAUGGCUUAAAAGGUAAAUUCGUACUGCAAGUUGAGGCACGCGACGGCCUCGGCACGGGACCAUUCACCGACAAUGCUGAAAUUGUCAUUGACAUACAAAGCAUUAACAACCAUCGACCGGUUAUCACGAAUCCGGCGCUAACCAAUUCUUCGGUGGACAUUCAAGGCACACAAAUUCCGGCAAAUCAUUUGGUUCUGAUUGUGAAAGCGUACGAUAAUGAUACGGGUGAUAAUGGGAAGAUCAAGUACCAUUUGCAGGUCAACAACCAUAUCGUGCAGGACACCGACGACUUUAGCAUUGACGAAAUAUCGGGUGAAUUGCGUACCAAUCGGCCGUUAGAUCGAAAGAAGCAGUCCAAAUUCGAGAUCAUAUUGGCAGUUAAGGAUCAGGGCAAUCCGUCGUUCGAAACGCUACGAUUUUUGACCAUCAAUUUGGUCGACGAAAGUGAAAACCGACCAGAAUUUCCGACAUCAUCCAAUCCGUACCGUUUCUUUGUGGUGGAGAAUAACGGCCGGGACAUGCGAAUUGGCAAGGUACAAGCAACAAUCGUGGACAAACACUCCACGGCCAACGUCUACUACUACAUGCUCAUGGGCAACGAAAACUCAUCGUUCUAUUUGGACAAAACGAGCGGCGAUCUGUACGCCAACAAAACAUUGGACCGAGAGGCUGUGGACGUCUUUAAUCUGUACAUCCUGGCUAGCAUCAAAUCAGAGCUUCAUGUCACCGAUGCCGAACGAGCCGCAUUUUCCAUUAAAACUCUGGACACUGACAACUCUGUGGCCAAGGUGCAGAUUCUCGUUUUGGAUGAGAACGACAAUCCGCCAGUGUUUGAGAGAAAGGUAUACUAUGCCGGUGUCAAUGCCAAAUCUUCACUGAAUCAAUUGGUAGCCGUUCUGAAUGCGACAGACAAAGAUCUUGGAGCGAAUUCAACAUUCGACAUGCUCAUCGUGGCGUCCAAUUUGUACAAGUAUGGGAACGUUAAGUCCACCGGAUCGAUCGUUCCCAGCCCGUUUGUUGUAUCGCGGGAUGGACGUCUGUCGACUGCUUCGUAUAUGGCCGAAUACAACCAGGAUCAUUUCGAGUUGGACAUUGUUGCCAAAGAAACGGAAUCGCCAGAACGAGAGGCAUUAGCCAAAGUGUUUGUUUGGGUCUUCAAUCCGGAACAACUAGUCAGAGUCAUCCUGUCCCGUCCACCGGCAGAGGUGCACACCGAACAGAACGAAGUGAUCGAAGAACUGCAGAAUGCCACACAAAAGCGGAUCAUCAUCGACGAAAUUCGGUACCACGUUGAUUCGAUGGGCCGUAUCCGGAUGGAUUGGUGUGACAUGUUUUUCCAUGCCGUUGAACCGUCCACGCAGACCAUUGUUCCAGUCGAUGACAUUUUGAAGGUCAUCGAUUCGCAUUACGAUUUUCUGAAGGACUAUUACAGCGGCUUUGCGAUUGAAAACAUCGUUCCAGCCCAUUCGAAGUAUGUGGAAGAAGAGUUUGAUUUGGCGCUAGCUGGACUGGUGGCCUUGCUGAUUGUUCUGUUCGUGGGAACCAUAAGCUUCCUGGUAUUGUGCUGUUGCUUGAAGCAUUGGUCGGUGUCCAUACCAACAGAGACAAGACGAAAGGAUGCUCUGAUUAAAAAACAAAUCGUCGAAGACCUGAGUACCACCGAGAAUCCGCUGUGGAUUGAACAAAAACUCAAACUGUACGAAGAGCAAGAACUGACGAUGCAAGUGUUUUCCGAACCGGAAAUGAUGCAAUCUAGUCCGCCGCUGGCUAGACGCGAUUCAUAUGAAACAUCACAGCAUGGCGACAAUACGUAUGCCACAAUUCAGCCGCGGAAUGUGUCCCAGAUGGGUGAAAUUGCGGACUAUGCAACACUGCGGAAUAACAGUCGACCUCCAUCGAUCUAUGAAUUUACUGGCUCAACAUUUCAAGCUCCAAUCCGAGAACGGGAUGGAGACUUUGUAGCUGAACUGCUGUAGUUUUACAUGCUAAUUUGUGUGAUUGUUUAUCGAACUCAUUCGAUAAGUAAUAGUAGAUUACAUUGGAUGCAGCGAAAGUAAUUCAUUGCAUGAGGUAACAAUUUUUACCGUAGAGGGAAGCUCACUCGUGUGAGGAACAAUCUUUGGUAACUGUCUUUUGGACAACUACACUAUACAACUACUAUACAACUACACUUACCGAAAAGACAGUUACCGAAGCAAGUACGACAAAAUUGUUUCCGAAUUACUUUCUCAGCAUCCAAUGUAUUCUGGUUUAUUGACCACCCCAUGCGAAAGUUGAUUAUCCCUUAGGAAGCCACGUGAAACAAACCGAAAAUAUUCUUCUUGUAAUCGAUCAUUUUCGCAGUGAGCAAACUGCCAUGUAAUGGUCAACUUUCGCAUCGGGCAAGCAAUAAAGUUGUUUGGUGACGGUUUUAUUUUGUGAAUCUCUAAUUUUAUACAACGAAUUGUCGGUAUGGUUUAAGCUGGUUCUGGUCGUUGCACUGGGCUUGCGUACGAGAUUAUUUACCGAAUUAUUGUUUUACGUUAUUUUACGGAUGGUUGGCAGCUAAGUGAAUAGAGAAAAAAGACAGAACCGAGACGCAUAUUAGAGUAGGAAUUUUUCAUUUUAUUUAUUUUUUGUCGUAAAUAGGCAUUGUGAAUCGAAUUCUUUUUGAUCAAUUAAGAGAAAUACAAACGAGAUACCUUAAUGAAGAUGU